AUUCUGUCUAGGCUCUAGCCUGACUUACAAUUAUUUCAUUCUCCCUAAAUCGAAUUAAAUAUCGAGCUUGUGGAAGUUCUGCCAGCUAACACUCAGUCUGUAGCAGUUUUUUCUGCUAGUUGUGGUAACCGUUUCGGAAAGUAAAAUGGAAACACUGUCACAUUUUGGAAUUCAUUUCACCAUAUCACUUUGCAUUUGGUGUGUGGUUGUCUGCUCUGCCGCUGCCUUGGCGUCAGGUUCAAGUUAUUUGGUGGACGAUAGUGGAGGACUUGGACCACGAUUUGAUGGCAUCGGUGGAAUAAGUGGAGGAGGGGCCACCUCAAGACUUCUUGUCAGCUAUCCGGAUCCAGAGAGGAGCCAGAUCUUGGAUUAUCUUUUUUCACCCAACUUUGGUGCAGCCCUUCAUAUUUUGAAGGUUGAAAUGGGAGGAGAUGCAGAGAGUGGAAUAGGAACAGAGCCAUCUCACAUGCACUCCCCUGACGAUGAGAACUAUCAAAGAGGAUACGAAUGGUGGCUCAUGAAGGAGGCAAAGAAGCGGAAUCCAAACAUCAAGCUGUACGCCCUGCCAUGGGGCUGGCCAGGGUGGGUAGGUAACUACACCAACAGCCCUUACACCGACAUCAAGCAGGCCAUCGGGUAUGUCAUGAAAUGGCUGCAAGGAGCAAAGACAGUGCAUGGAUUGACCAUUGAUUACCUAGGCAUAUGGAAUGAAAGAGCUUACAACAAAGACUAUAUAAAGCAGUUACGCCAAACGCUAGACUCCAGCGGCAUGAUGGGAACUCAAAUAGUCGCUGCCGAUGGGGGCGCCUAUGGGGGCCAGGCCAUCAGUAAAGAUAUCCUUGACGACAAGGAUCUUGCUAAAGCUGUUGAAAUCUUGGGAUUUCAUUAUCCUGGUACAUACGUGACUAAAUACACCACAGAGACAAGAAAAACGUUAUGGUCUAGUGAGGACUACAGUACAAAAAAUGACAACAUAGGAGCAGGAUGCUUGGCAAGGAUACUGAACCGGAACUAUGUGAAUGGGAAUAUAACAAGUACAAUAUCGUGGAACCUAAUUGCUAGCUACUAUGGGUCUUUGCCCUACGAUCGCUGUGGGCUAAUGACGGCUAGAGAGCCUUGGUCAGGCAACUACGCGGUGGAAGGCCCUAUCUGGGUUACUGCACACACCACCCAGUUCACCUUGCCUGGCUGGAAGUAUUACUUACGAGGAUCAGGAGCAGGUCACCUAGACCAGGGAGGAAGCUAUGUCAGUCUUACUGAUGGCAAGAACUUCACCAUCAUCAUAGAAACCAUGACACGCGAUCAUUCAAAAUGCAUCCGUCCCUUUCUGCCACCAUACACUGUAAAAACACAGACUGCUAGCUUCACCCUGAAAGGCAUGUUUGCCUCUGUCAAGUCUCUCAAUGUGUUCUACUCCAAGCCUGGCUAUGGUGGGAAUUCUUCAGUUUAUUUCAUGAAGAAAAGUCCUGUUCAAGUUGUAAAUGGUCAGUUCAAUUUGACCCUUGACCCUGAUGAGAUCUACACACUGACCACUCAGGCCGUUGGUAUGAAGGGCAAAUACCCUGACCCUCCCCAAACUAAGCCCUUCCCGACCAUGUACACAGACAAUUUUGAUGAGUACCCAAUCUACAGUGAGGCUAGCUAUUUUACAGACCAAGCUGGUUGCUUUGAAAUCCGAGACUCCGGGAACAUCAGUCACAACCUCGUCAUGCAACAAGUGGCAACCUCCUUCCCAGUCAAUUGGUGCAUUGACGCCCAUCACCCAAUCUCGGUGAUUGGAAACCAUACGUGGCGUAAUGUGAGCUUUAGCAUUGACGUUCAUGUCUUGCCUUCGUCUGGAGCUAUCCUUGCUCUCCGUGUGAAUGCUGGCGGCUGUGGGGCAGCAGGCUCGGAAGGAAUCUACUUCUGGCUUGGUGGUAGUGGGAAGUACAAUGUAACCACGGACAUGGAAGGGAGAGAUGUCGUGAAGAGUGGUACAGCUCCCAUGAUCGGCCAUACCUGGUCUACAGUUCAACUAACUGUCAUUGGUAGGGAGGCCAAGGGGUCUGUGAAUGGUGUUGAGGUGUUUGACUGGGUCAACAUCCCUACAGUACUACCUCACCAUGGAUGGAUCGCUAUAGGAACACCAGACUAUUCUGCAGCUCAGUUUGAUAACUAUGCCAUCCAUUCUGCAUCUUGACGAUCAGCCAUAGACGAAAUACUUCAUGCAUGGCUGAUUGUCAACGAAACAGAGUUAA